GAGCUUUGUCAGUAACAGUUGAUUGUAAUGUCAGUGCAGUCCAAUUUACAGGCUGGAGCAGCAGCUGCAUACUGCAUUUCCCUGAAGUAAUACAUGAUUUCCACGCCUUGCAAACUUUAUCAUCUUUUGUUGCAGUGAGUCGGAAACCAAUAUGCAGAGCAAGGGUACAAUCGUAUGCACCCAACUUCUUUUUAUGUUUCUUCUGCUCUGGAUGCUUAUUGGGAAAUCACACACUGAAGAAGACAUCAUCAUUACAACCAAGAAUGGUAAAGUCAGAGGAAUGAACUUGCCAGUUCUUGGGGGCACAGUAACAGCCUUUCUUGGAAUUCCCUAUGCACAGCCACCUCUUGGCAGACUUCGGUUCAAAAAGCCACAAUCCUUGGCCAAGUGGUCCAAUAUUUGGAAUGCCACAAAAUAUGCAAAUUCUUGCUAUCAGAACACAGAUCAAAGUUUUCCAGGCUUCCUGGGAUCCGAGAUGUGGAAUCCAAAUACUGACCUCAGCGAAGACUGUUUAUAUCUGAAUGUAUGGAUUCCAGUACCUAAACCAAAAAACGCUACUGUAAUGGUAUGGAUUUACGGGGGUGGUUUUCAAACUGGAACAUCAUCUUUACCUGUUUAUGAUGGCAAAUUCCUGGCACGAGUUGAGAGAGUUAUUGUAGUUUCAAUGAACUAUAGGGUGGGUGCCCUAGGAUUUUUAGCUUUACCAGGAAAUUCAGAGGCACCAGGGAACAUGGGCUUGUUUGACCAACAGCUGGCACUUCAGUGGGUCCAAAAAAAUAUAGCAGCCUUUGGUGGAAAUCCUAAAAGUGUAACUCUCUUCGGAGAAAGUGCAGGGGCAGCUUCUGUUAGCCUUCACCUACUUUCCCCUAGAAGCCACCCAUUGUUUACCAGAGCAAUUCUGCAAAGUGGGUCUGCUAAUGCCCCUUGGGCAGUAACAUCUCUGGAUGAAGCUAAGAACAGAACAUUGACCUUAGCUAAAUUUAUUGGUUGCUUUAGAGAAAAUGAGACGGAGAUCAUCAAAUGCCUUCGAAAUAAAGACCCCCAGGAAAUUCUUCUGAAUGAAGCAUUUGUUGUCCCCUAUGAUACUCUCUUGUCAGUAAGUUUUGGCCCAACUGUGGAUGGUGAUUUUCUCACUGACAUGCCAGACACACUACUCCAACUUGGACAGUUCAAAAAAACCCAGAUCUUGGUGGGUGUUAAUAAAGAUGAAGGGACAGCAUUUUUAGUAUAUGGUGCCCCUGGUUUCAGCAAAGAUAACAACAGUAUCAUUACUAGAAAAGAAUUUCAAGAAAGUUUAAAAAUAUUUUUUCGAGGAGUGAGUGAAUUUGGAAGGGAAUCCAUCCUUUUCCAUUACAUCGACUGGUUAGAUGAUCAAAGAGCUGAAAACUACCGUGAGGCCUUGGAUGAUGUUGUGGGGGAUUACAAUUUCAUAUGCCCUGCCUUGGAGUUCACCAAGAAGUUCUCAGACUUGGGAAAUAAUGCCUUUUUCUACUAUUUUGAACACCGAUCCUCCAAACUUCCUUGGCCUGAAUGGAUGGGAGUGAUGCAUGGUUAUGAAAUUGAAUUUGUCUUUGGUUUACCUCUGGAAAGAAGAGUAAAUUACACAAGAGCUGAAGAAAUUUUGAGUAGAUCCAUAAUGAAACACUGGGCAAAUUUUGCAAAAUAUGGAAAUCCAAAUGGAACCCAGAAUAGUAGUACAAGUUGGCCUGUCUUCAAAAGCACUGAACAAAAAUAUUUAACCUUGAAUACACAGUCGCCAAAAAUAUAUACUAAACUACGUGCUCAACAAUGCCGAUUCUGGACACUGUUUUUCCCCAAAGUCUUGGAAGUGACAGGAAAUAUUGAUGAAGCAGAACAAGAAUGGAAAGCAGGAUUCCAUCGCUGGAACAAUUACAUGAUGGACUGGAAAAAUCAAUUUAACGAUUACACUAGCAAGAAAGAAAGCUGUGCAGGUCUCUAAUUAAUAGAUUUACCCUUUGUAGAAUGUUCAUUUUCCUGUAAAUCAAGGCAAAAAUACCAGUAGCUCUCUUACACACCUAGUAAGAAGCUAUUAUAUAGCUGAACAAAAAUGUCAGAAGGAUAAUAUCGAUUUCUCACAUCUAUCACUUAGCAUUGUACCUAGCAUUCCAAAACCCAAAAGGCUAGAACAUGUUUAAUUACAUUUCACAGUAUAAAGUGUGACAGUUAAUUAUAUGCAUAUUUAAAUGAUUUGUGGCUUCAAACUUUUUCUUUUCCAAAUAACAUUAACAUUUAUUUGCUAAAAAGUAUCUGUAUCCUAUUUUGAGUUGCAUUUUUUUCCCUAACCACUCAUAAAAGGGUACCUCUUUAGAAUGAAUGAGGUCUUGAAACACUGGGUACUAUAAUUUGCAAUACCAUUUCCCCUAAAUAAUUUAUGAAGUUAAUGUCAAUAUGAGUUGCAAAAUGAAACAGAAAAUAACUGUUCCUUUGUUUUUAACAUAAAGCAGGAGGGAGUCUUAAAAUAAGAGGCUUGGUCACUUAGAAACAAAAUGUUGCCACCAAGAGAUAAAGAGCAAAGCAGUACAUGUCUGUUUUAUAUUUUUAGUAAUAUAUAUUCUUAGAAUCCUCAAAUUAUAGUUUUAACUCUUGCCCAUUUGAAACUCCCCACUCUUUUACACCUCCCUAAACAUGUAUGGGUAUAAAUUACUCUUCCUAUAACUCCAAAAAAAAAAUGUAGAUGAACAGAAGUCUACAGUCAGAAAUCAUGUACCAUCUGGGAUAGAAAACCUGGCUGGACCCAGAAAUAUUAGUAAAAAUGGUUCAUUUUUUAUAGCAAAAUUGUUCAAUUGGAAAAAAAUAACUAUUUCUACUUUCAACAGCCAAAUUGUAUUAUUUUUAUAACUUAAAAAUUGCAAAGCUACAUGCACUAACUUGCAUGGCAAAGGACCAUAUCUAGUGAAUAAAUUUACUGUAAUUCACUAAAGGGGAUGAGUUGGAAGGGAGAAGUUUCAGAAAAUGGUAGUACUUGUUGAUUAUGUUCGUAAGAAUUGAAAACUAGCCCUGGCUGGGUGUGGCUCAGUUGUUGGGCAUCAUCUCCUGUGCACCUCCAGGCUCCUGGUUUGAUUCCCAGUCAGGGCACAUGUCCAGGUUUCUGGCUUGAUCCUCUAGGGAGCGUGCAGGAGGCAGUCCAUGGAUGUUUCACUUUCACAUUGAUGUUUCUCUCUCUCUCUCCCUGCUUCUCUCUCUAAACAUCAAUAAAAUGUCUUAAAACAAACAAAAAGAAUUGAAAACUAGCACUCAAGAUAGGACAAAGUGAGUCUACAGGUCUGUAUACCGUUGGUUAAAGCAUAUCCCAUUGUUCAUUUUUCCUAAGUGUGUCCAUGGUUAGAGCUAGUGUGGGUCUGCCAUCCUCACUCAAAGUUCAUGGUACUUUGUUAGCUUUAGCUGUUGCAGCGGUUCUCAACCUUUGGGUCGCGACCCCUUUGGCGGUCGAAUGACCCUUUCACAGGGGUCGCCUAAGACCAUCCUGCAGAUCAGAUAUUUAUAUCAUGAUUCAUAACAGUAGCAACAUUAUAGUUAUGAAGUAGCAACGAAAAUAAUUUUAUGGUUGGGUCACAACAGGAGGAACUGUAUUUAAAGGGCCAGAAGGUUGAGGACCACUGUGUUAGAGUUUUACAGUGGAAGCCAAGUCAGUUUUGGUAUCACUUCAGUACUGCUAUAAAUGGGACUUUUUCUGUUAUUUUUUAUGGUUCUUCCCUCAUAUUGAAGUGAAGAAAAAAAGCAUACAAAUGAUAGGUGAAUUAUCGACCUCCCAUCCUAUAUCUUCUUGAUUUCCCCGGGGCCAUUCUUCCAGGAUCUACUAUAUUUUUUGGAAUCACUUGAGACUCCUUUUGAUGUGGAAUACUCUGAUAUAUGAAAGGUAUCAUUUUUAAAGGCAAAGUAAUUAAUUUCUGGCCCAGAAAUUAAAUUCCAUAGAUAAAUCUUAACGUAAUUGCUGCUGUGACAUUUUAGCAAAAUAUUCUAAUAAUUGGAACCUUCUCAAAAUUUCUGAAAAAGAUGACAAACUCAACAGUUAAUAAAUUUUUCUGUUGUAGUUGUGUGUUCUCUUUAUACAAAAUUAGAAUGGUAAGAAAAUGCAGGUUUUUUGACUAAAUGUGUUUAAAGGUAAACCAAUAGUGCUGUUCACCAAUACAGUCUUGGUGGAACCUUCAGACUAUCAAAGAAUAAAACAAAGACCACCACAUUUAAACAUAUACACCCAGACAUGCACACAGAAAGAUGCAAAAACAUACGUUUUUACAUAUAGGAGUUUAUUAAUGUGCAGCAAGAGAUCACCUUGAAAAUUUUACUGAACUAUUACAGGAGGGGGUUAAAAAGAGAUUUUGCCAUAUUUAAAAAAAGACAUUAUCUAUAUAUAUAAAAGGAUAAUAUGCAAAGUGUCCCCUUGGGAGUUCAACCGGGAGACCAGGAGUUGGCUAUGAUGUGCACUGACCACCAGUGAGAGGCAUGGAACGAAGGAAGGCCUGGCAGGCAGUUGGCAGCCAGGGAAGGGAGGCCUGGCCAGCAGCCUGAAGGCCCCGAUCGUCCCUGAUCACCAGCCAGGCCUAGGGACCCUACUGGUGGAUGAAUUUCAUGCAUCAGGCCUCUAGUAGUCAUAUAAUGACCAUCUGUUCAAGUAUUAAAAACUAAGGUACUCCAAACUCAUCAAGUUGUAUGCCUUAAUUAUCUACAGCUUUUUGUAUAUCACUGUACCUAAAUAAAAUGAUUUAAAUUUUUUAAAAUAUAUAUCUAGAUGCCUUAUAUACCUGUAAAACAUAUGGGGGUUAGGAGUAACGGAUUACAAAGAUAUAGUGGGAAAAUGUAUUUUGAUUGUGAUGAUGAUUUCACAAAUGUAUAUAUAUGUCAAUCUUAUCAACUUGAACAUUUUAAAUGUCAAGUAUAUCUCAAUAAAGCAGUUUAAAAAACAAACAAAAAAUAAAUAAAAUAAAGUGUCUUUCCUAUAAAAAAUAACUAAGGUAAAAUUUACAUACAUUUUAUAAGUGUAGAUAUUAAUAGAAAUAUAAAUAAAUGUUUAUUAUGUAUAAAUAUAUAAUUACAAAAAUAAUAUUAAAUUGUUAUUAGUCAUAUUAGAGCCAGUUGUGAUAUAAAAUACACGGUCAUUUUGAUAUGUCAUUGGCAUGUGCUGUUAUAAUUGGAAAAAAA